GUGCCACCACCCAUCAGUGCUAGUGUCGGAGUGUUGUGGAGUGCCUCAUCAUUAUUUUCGUUUUACAAGCCUACUGACACAGGAUUUCAUCAAUAUCAACUAUACCAGAAGUAAUGGUGUCGGUGUCGACCUGGGGCACUGCUGAAGUUAGUGACUGGCUAACAAGAAUAGGACUACACAACUAUGUUCAAGUUUUUAUAGUGCUGGAUACCCAACCUAAAGGUGGAAGAACGUCACAGCCAACUCAUGACGCAGUGGAAGCAAGAGCAAGUACUCCAGUGAGCAGUAUAUGUGGAGAGCCAUCGUUAUCAUCUCUAACAGACACUUUACUGUCUGAUGAGGAGGAAGUGUCUCAGCCACCUUCCACAGUUAUCAAUGACGAGACCUCUGGUGACCUUUGGAAUGAUUUGCAGAAUUACAAACUGCCUCUUUUUCCGCCAUGCGUAAAGACCCUCUUACAAACAAGAAAAAGUCCACAAGAUUACCUGCCUGGAACUUCAAACAGAAGAAGAAUCAUUGAGGUCCUUACAUGUGACCUACAAAAGAGGAAUAUCCUGACACCUUCAAAACAGGGAUACACCAACCUACUAGAUGCCCUGUUUAGUGAAUAUCCACACAUUGGAGACCCAAAAUGUUGGAGGAUGUCCCUUCGUACCAAGAUGAAAAACAUUCGAGUGCCACUAACAUCACACAACACUGUGAAAAUUCUUAAAGAAAAAUUUGGCUGUCCAGUAACAGGAGGUCGGAAAAGUACGGCAUUGUCAGAAAAGGAAGAAGUUCAACCACGCAAGAAAAGGCAAAAGCUCAAGGUUGAUUUGGAGGGACAUGAAGAUGAUGAGGUGACUACACGCGCCCACAUAGAUGCACUGAAUGCAGAAUUGAGAAAAGGGUCACCUGAUCUUGCAGUGAUUGCUGUAAAAAUGGACAGAACAUUUGUCUACCGUUGGAAAAGGAUCAACGAUCAACGUUUGUCAGUGGCUGACAUCAUCUCAGAGUUUCCAGCCCUGAGGCGAAGAAAUUUUCUUGCAGGGGAAGCUGAACGACAUGGUAUUUUGAAGCCCCUUGAAAACUCUUACCUCCAACUCCAUACAUCACUACUUGAGUUGAUGAAGUAUACCAAGUCCCGUUGCAAAGGUUACAAAGAGUACUUCUCAAAAUACCAAGAGGACUUGGACAGCAGUCUGAAUGAAGAUAAAAGAAUCGAAUGUGGCCUGCAGUUUGCUGUGCAACUUCUGCCAUCGCUUUUAGAGAGGAUGCGACGUAUCUACUGCUGA